UCCUAGUUCUCGCGCCAGAUUCCACGAUCCACGCGCGUUUCCCGAUGACCGGCUGGAUCGUGAAACACAUCGGCCCGUUCCGUUAAUAUCCAGUUCAAGGUGAACCGCACUUUCGAGUCGUAUCAGCAGGGAAAGUGGCCAGUCCGGGUGGUAGUAAUUCUACUGUCAAGAACGUUUCUCCGCCGCUCCGUGAAGCAGUGUACUUUGAAUCGCGAACUCGACCGAAGCCACCGUUCCCACGAGUACGCGAAUUCCGUCGGUUUCGUUGUAAAUUCGUCUCGAAAUCGUUCGUGUCGCGUCGUUUUCGAGUUUCUGAUCGUUCACAUGGUGCUGUUCCUAAGUUUCGUCCUCGUGUUCGGGUCCCUGGAAUGUGCGAGCGCGGGCGGGAGGCUCGAAGUCGCUUUUCAAUGGAAGUACUUGGACUGGGCCUGGCCGAAUAUUCCUUUGACCGGGAAAAACUUCACGUUGGGCAAUUCCUUCACGCAGGACGUCGACAUUGACAGAUACGGUCGCGUGUUCGUGACGAGUCCGCAAUGGCUGGAUGGUGUACCGAUCACUUUGUCGCUGGUGACAACCGCUGCAGGCUACGGCGGUCCUUUGCUGGUUCCCUAUCCCGAUUGGACCUGGUUCACGCCGUUCAAUUGCAACAGCUUAAUAUCUGUUUAUAGGUUGGCGAUAGACGAGUGUAACCGUUUGUGGGUCGUGGAUACUGGCCGUAUCAGCUCGAACGCUGUUUGUCCUUCGAAAAUAUUGAUCUUCGAUCUAGCGACCGAUCAGAUGAUCCAUAAAUACGUUAUACCGGAUGAUCAAGUGUUGUAUGGGAAGGCAGCAUUAGUUACGCCGAUCGUCGAUGUCGGAAAAACGUGUCUCGAUACUUAUCUGUACGUGGCGGACGUGGAUCAAAAUGGGCUACUGAUUUAUGACUUAGGUCACGAUCAGUCCUGGCGUGUAAACAAUACACGCGGAAAUGCUUUUGGCCCGGACGACGAUGCCAUGUUCAUCACGAUCGCUGGAGAAACGUUCGAUUUAACCGACGGCACACUCGGAAUGUCAUUGUCACCGCGGGGAUUUUUCAACGAAAGGUAUCUUUACUUCAACUCUUUGGCUAGCUACUACCAAAAGUUUACGGACACGAAAUCGUUGGCGCUAAGUAAAUACAAGGAGCCAAUCGUGUACCAAUCGAAUCACAGGCGAGCGAGCCAGGCAGGUGUCCAAGCAACUUCUCGGAGAGGCGUGAUAUUUUUCCAGUUAGUCCAAUUAACGGCCGUCGCUUGUUGGAACAUUGAGAAACCAUUUACACCGAAGAACGUCGUAAUAAUUGCUCAGGACGAAUUGACGCUGCAGUACGUGAGCGGUAUCAAAGUAAUCGUGAACAAUCAGGGCGAGGAAGAAUUGUGGUUCAACACAAACAGAUUACAAAAGACGAUAAAUAUGACCCUAAAACCUAACGAGACAAACUUCCGCCUAAUCAGAGGGAAGGUCGACGAUAUUAUUAGGGGUACAAAUUGCGAACCUUCCGGCAUCAAACACACGAGCCCCGAUACCAGCUCCUGGCACACGGUAUAAAUCGGGUAAAUCGUAUUAACCUAAUCGAAUUUACCACGAGAGUUCCUCCGCACGCAUCUUCACGCGAAACGCGAGAUCGCAUCAGGGAUAAAAAUCUAUUUGUCGGUGCCCUUCGGCGAGUAAGUUGUAUUUCGAAUAAUAACAAUUCCUUGCGCAAUGUAUACUGACGUUGUUCGAAACCAAAUGCUUAAAAAGUAACCGAAGACAGAGAACGAAAAUAAUUUAUUUCCAAUUGUGUA